ACGCGCUCCACCAGCGUUCCGCCUCCUUGUAACGCCGAUAAUGGCGACAAUUUCAUGGUAAAGGUUGCGCCCUGGGACAGCUAAAGCGUACCGAGAUGGCGGCGAAACGGAAGUCACGCGCGGAAGAGGGGCCCCCCGAUGCCAUCGGCGCGCGAAAGCAACCCCGACGAGAGUCAAGCCAACGUCCAAGCCAAGAGCAGCAACAACCAGCGCGCAAAAAGCUAACCCCAAAGGAACUUCGACAAGUCAUGGAGAAGUACAUUUACAAUCCUGAGUGCGCUUCUGAGUGCACGCUAUGUGCAACAGGAAUGUGGCAACGACUUCUAAUGUCGACCGCGGAUGACGGAGGAAGCGCACUUCAAAUGGCUCUGGACUUGGUGGAAGGGCCCUGGGAACUUACACCGAUACGUAUCGUACACCGUUUCAAAGGGUUUGCCUGCGAUGAUAUCAAAUGGAUCAUUCGGCAUCUCUGGCAAUUAUGCUUUCGAACGAGCGGGGCCAAUGAAUUGUCAUGGACAGAAGUCCUCGCAGUGUUGAAAAUCUCGGCACAGAAAAACAAGACCACUCCUGGGACAUGGUCACGGGAGGCGUUUAUCGAUGCGCAGAGUCAGGGAAUCGACGAGGCAGUGGACAAGAAGAAGAAAAGCGCUGCCAAGAAAGCAAAGCGGACAUCAGCAGACCACAUCGAGCAGAUCAAACCGAGGAGCAGCGGUCACGACACGGCCGUGCUCUCGCUCAGCUCCGCUCAGCGACUUGGAGGCACCAGAGGAACGAUAGAAUCGCCUCCAUUUCCAGAAAGCCCGGCCAAACCUCCAUCCGCAUCCGCGGUUAGUCCAACGGCCAGACCCAGAGGCAUCAUAGACAACGGAAAGUCCCCACUUCCAACUACAUUGCCAGGGAAUACAGCUCCGCUCGGUCGCCGAGAUGGUUCCGUUAUGUUGCUGGAUCGCGAGACUACACCACCUUCCAUUUACACAGGCGAGACUAGGGUGCCACGCCGAAGAGUCUUGAGUGCACGAAUCGAGCACUCCGACGACUUGAGGUCGGAGUCAUACCAAAGUGCGUUGUCGGAGACAAACCAAAGUUCGUCGGGUGACUCAACUGCACCAAUUGAAUUGGAAGCUGACGCCCGACUGAGAGCCGCCGCCAUUCUGGAGGAGUUCGAAUCACGCGACCCUAUAAGCACGGCCACUUUAAGGUAUAUGCUGGCGAAGCUUGGCCUGGCUCAAAGCAAAGUCGAUCUUGGGGGUGUCAGAGUGCUUGAUCUGGGUGAUCUCAUUCAGUCUUCAGUCGGACAGGUGGCGGGCCUUGCAUCUGGAAAGUUGCAUCCUGUUAGCGCUCGCGACAUUGAAACAUGGACCCCUUCUGAUCUUGAUUGUGAUGGGAUCAAGACGUUCGUACUUCCGUUCACGGGCCAGCCCGAGGUCCCCUCGGCCUUUUAUGUCCUCAAAGAUUCAAUAUGCCACGCCUACCUUACAACUCCUGCGCAAGAGAAUAUCAUGCUCACGCAAACGUUGCCAGAAAAGCUUAUCAGAGCUGUUGCUGGUCUGGAGGGUGCAAAAAAUUGGAAGAUGAAACUGUUGAAGAUACAGGACUGCUAUGAUCGGUCACACAAAGAUCAUCCGAGGGAAGAAGACUGCGGUCUACAAGCGCUCGCAGUCUGCCUAGCUUGUUUAGACAAUCUGUUUUUCCUCUUUAAAAUGGAUAUAAGCUUCUGGCGAGCUGUACUUGCUACGGCUAUUCACGAGUCUGCUGGCACUCGAUUCUUCAAUGAUUGGCUGCAAGGGAAAUGGUCGUCUCAACAAUUUGAGUCUACGCCUGUUCGUGACAAGAAUCACCACCCCUACUACGCCGGGGCUGUGAAAGCUCGCGAGGCAAGAAGCAAAGCGGAACGACGACAAUCCAGGCUUGCGCGUGUGCUCAAAGAUGAUAUCGGAGAAUUGCGAGCGUGGAUCCGAUAUGCGCAGCAGAAAUUCAUUGAUGUCAAAAAGACGAUGGCGGCUCAGCGCGAAGAGAUAAGAAUCAAAACAGGACCAGAUUUCCAGGAGCUGAAGGAGAAAACGGAGUGGAAUGCAAAGAGAUAUCUUGGAGCUGACGCGUUCAAACAGCUUGGUCCAGAGCAAGUUUAUGGGCCGUAUCUUUCGAGAAUGAAGCUUCUGUACGAACAAAGGUCUAAGAAGGAGGAGGUUUUGCUGCAAGUCCAAGAGCACGCGGCCGAAGACGCACUGAAGUUUCAUGAUCAGCUGUUGGCUGCUCUUGAGGCAGGCGAAGGAUUUGCACAAAGAAUGAAGAUCGAAGCAGAAGAUGAUGUCCAGAAAGCGAAGGACUUUCUACAGAGUGAACUUCACGUGGCAAAGGCGAAAUUCGAGAAGGAUAAAGCGAGGAGAGCAGAGGAGAAACGGAGAAUAGCAGAGCAGCAACAGAGACUAGCAGAGGAGCAAGCGAGAUUAGAGCUAGAGGAGAAGAGGGCGGAAGAUGAAUUCGAAGAAGAACUGGUGGACAUCGACUGAUCGAGUCGGAAACCAUUACCGGCAUCAACAUCAGGCAGACGAGACCUCACCCAUCGCUUGCGGGAUGCUGUCGAUUUGACUGGAGAGGAGGACUCGGCCGCGCUUUUGGAAAAAUCCCAACUGUUCCAACCCACCCCCGCAUCAACACCAUGGCACGCGCAAUCGCAUACGGUAAUUGGAAACAGCCCAUCAAGGCUAGUACAUUCGGUAUCCAAGCCACAUGGCAAGGAGAAGUACGCGUCCCUUUCGCAUGACACACCCGCCGCCAAUCAAAUA